AUGCCAUCUUUAUAUCGUGUAGACGAUAAGCAAGAACAACUACUGAUGUGCGUACCGGGUCCUGGUGGAACGGGAAAAUCUCAAGUGAUCAAAGCACUCACCAAGUAUUUUGAAGUCACAAACCGACAACACUUCUUACGAAAGUUAGCGCCAACGUCAAUAGCUGAAUCUGAAAUUGAUGGUCUUACAAUUCACUCGUUCUUAGGGCCGAUUAGUUAUGCAAAGAAAAAGAAGACAGUUCGUCCCGGAGAUGCAAAGGUGACCAGGAACUGGCAUCACGUCCAAUACAUAUUCAUCGACGAGAUGUCAAUGGUUGGUCUGCAUCUUUUAUCACAAAUUCAUAAACUUUUGUGUAUUGCCAAGAGCAAGUCAAACAAGCCAUUAUAUCGCGAUGUGUUGGCAGAAGAAAACAAUACGGGAACUACAUCGAAACAAAAAACUGAACUUGAUACUCAAUAUGAAGUCGGACGUGCACUGUGGUUACAAUUAAACACGGUAGUUCAGUCGAUCAGACAAAUGAGAAUCGAUGAUCCUGCAUUCUUAGAGGCUCAAAAUCGAUUACAAGCACCUGUUCUCGUUUUCCGUAACGAUUUAAGAACAGAAUUGAAUAAUUUGGCGGUUAUAUCGACAGCUCGUGAAAUCGGUGUAGUACCCGUUGUAUGUAUAGCACACGACACGUUCAAUGCCGAUUCAGUCGUUAACGAAAAAUUACGGAAAUUCAUUUUGCGUUUGCCCGACAAUAAAACGAAAGGACUAUGUGGUUAUCUAUUUCUCGUCAUAGUCUACGAAGAUGAACUUGACAACGAAACAAGCACAGCAGCCACAACAGAUGAUUUUCCACCAGAUACAAUGUUCGUUCGAAAACCACUGUAUGCGUUGGUCGAAAUUCAAAAAUCAAAUAUAUCUUCCAAAUUAGACACGUUACCUCAAAAAUUAGUCCCAAUAGCGCUCGUUGAGGAAACAUUCGAAGUCGAGUGUAAAGAACUUUUAUCAGAAGACGAACGAAGGAAACGUAUGAAAAAAACCAAACUAAAAGUAACUAGGAAACAAUUUCCGUUUGUGCCAGCCUAUUCCAUCACAACAUAUAAAAGUCAAGGACAGACACUUCCAAAAAUUAUCGUGGAUCUCGUUUUUCCACCAGGCAGUCGACCGCAAGUCGCAGCAGCCUACGUGCCAGUAUCAAGAGUCAAGAAACUUGACAAUCUAAUAUUUUUACGCCCGUUUCCAAUAUCGGCUCUACGGGUUCGUCCAAAUCCAGAUCUACUAAAAGAACUCGACCGACUUGAUCAACUGGACAAAAUAACCAAAAGGCGUUUUAAAUCUCGAGUGUAA